AUGUCCAGCGGCGCCGCCUCUGCCUUCCACGGCCAGCUCGCCGGCUUCCGGUGGGCAAACUCGGUCCAGGACGACUCGGCGGCCACAGCAGGAGCUUCCUCAUCACAACCCGCCGGCGGCGUGUUCGGCCGCACAUGGAACAGCUUGAGCGGGUACAUUCCCCUCCGGAACGAGGGUAACAGUGCAGAGGAGGAGGCGUACUUUGCGCUUUCGCGAUGGGAACGAUUCCUCGGCUUCAUCGCGUGCUGCCUCGGCGGCAUGGCCUGCUUCGGCAUCGCCUUCCUCUUCCUCCCCAUGUUGGCACUCAAGCCCCGCAAGUUCGCGCUCGCGUUCACCCUCGGCUCGUGUCUCUUCAUGCUGGGCUUUGCCAUCCUCCACGGACCGUGGAACCACGUCAAGCACAUCGUCUCGCCCGAGCGCCUCCCUUUCUCCGUGGCUUACUUUGGCUCGCUGGCACUCACGCUCUUCUUCGCGAUCGGUAUCCGCUCGACCAUUGGCACGCUCAUUGCGGCCAUCGUGCAGGUCGGAGCCCUCCUCACCUACCUCGCCGCCUACUUCCCUGGCGGCGUCACGACACUGCGCUUUGGCGGCCAGAUGGCCCUGCGCGGCGCGGGCAACGUUCUGCCUUUCUAAUUGCGCACGCAUCUAUGCACUGUAUUGUAGAGAA